GGCGGUCUUUAUACACGCGUGGGAAAAUUACAGGCCAUACCCUUGGCAACAAGAGGGCAUCGCUCGUCCUUUAUUCCGCCCCUCAACCCUAGCCCGCGUCGUUUCCGCCAGCCGGCCGAACUCUGCCAGAUCUCCUCCCCUCAUCACCGGGAAAAAAAGGCUCUCUCUCCCCCAACGAUGGCAAAGAAGAAGGAGAAAUCUACCCAACUUCCUGAAAAUGAUCUGAAGUCAGUAAUUCAUAACCACUCUCUAUUCUUUGACAAGCUCAUUGAGCUUAUCCCUGCUAGAUAUUAUCUGCCUACGGAUGAUACCGAAAAGCCAUGGUUUCAAGGCCUAAACAAAGCUGAAAAAGCUUCUUUGAAGCAGAAAACACGAGAAAACAUUAAAAAAGCCCGACGAGACCGCUUAGACCCUGAGAAAUCAUCCUCCACGACCUUAGAUUUGCUAAAGCAGGGCCUGGAGAAUGAGAAAUCUGGUAAUAAAUUGGAUGGUGAUAAUGAUGAUGGAGCUGAGGUUAUGCCUGUCAAACCUGUAUUUAAUAUGGAUGGCGAUGAUCAGUCAGUGACAUAUGAAGAGCUUCGGCAACGACUUCAUAAGCGAAUUGAAGAGCUUCGAUCAGGUCGUGGGGGUUCUGAUAAAAUUCAAAAGAAUGACAAGAGUGUAAAAAGUGAGAGGAAGGAUAACCAUAAAAAUAAGCGCAAGAGAGAAAUCAAAUCUGCAGAAACAAAAGAUAAGGGUAAGAAUAGCAAUUUAGUGAAGGAGGAUGCAUCAGAGGCUGCAAAGGGACUUGCAUUUGGGAAUGUGAAGAUUGAUAAUGAGGAAGAGCGGGGAAGGAAGAAGAAGAGGAAGCUUUCGAAGGAGAAAGAGUUGGAGAGGGCAAAGAGAUUGGAGGAGGCGAAGAAGGAUCCAGAAAGAGGGGAGAUUGUGGCAAAGAAGCAUUCUUGGAAGGCAGCAACAGGUAGAGCAGCGGGAAUAAAGGUGCAUGAUGAUCCAAAGUUGAUAAAGCAGAGCAUGCAGAAGGAGAAGAGGAGGCAUGCAAAGAGUGUGGAGAAGUGGAAGGAGAGAGUUGAAACCAGAGAGAAGAUGAAGGUGGGGAAGCAGCAGACGAGAGCAGAAAAUAUAGCAGACAGGAUUCAUCAGAAGAAGAUGCGGAAAAUUGAGAAGAGAGAAAAGAAGCUUAUGCGGCCGGGAUUUGAAGGUCGUAAGGAAGGCUAUAUUAAUGAAGACUAAGUGUAAGUUAUCAACGAGGAUCCCACCUCGUCUUCCUGCUUGUGAAGCAGAGAGACAAAUAUGCGGAGGGGGCGCAAAGGGGCUUUGCUGUUUAUGUUUUCUUUAAGCCUCGCCCGGGCAGAAGCAUUUCUUAAUCUUCGGCACAGGGAGCUGUCUCUCUUCAGUUAAUGCUGAUAGGUGUUUUUCCCCAAUGAAAAAAAAUUUGAUGCAGAAGACAUGUUUGGUAGUUUCUUCCUUUUUCAAAUUUUUUGAAGAAUUUGUACCAGUUAUAUUCAAUAGAUGGCGAGCAGUUGUUUUCUGAUUUCUCCAGAAAGGGGUCUGCUGGCAAUUGAAAACAACUGAAACCAACCAAUUUUCUCAUUUUCGUUUGUAUUUUUUUAUUGUUUUCUUUUUUCAUUUUUAGAACUGAGAACAAAUUUUGAAAGCUAGUGAAGUUGAAUGUUCA